UUGAUCUCAGCCGCCCGUACCUGACCUCUCUCUGCUUCCUCGUUUCCUGAACCACUGUCUACAGCCCUUGAAGGAGGAGGUUGCACGGCUUGCGAUUUGUUGCAGCUCUGGAGGCAGUAGCGGAGUGAGUGACUCGGGUGACGGAUGGGAUGGCAAAUGAACUGAUUUGUUAUGGCGAGUGGCAAGCUGUUCGAGGUUAAUUAUUCACCCACCCAGGCAUAUUCUGACUGUUGCAUCCGCGGGGGGACGAGCUUUUGCAGCGGCGAGUUGAUGCCGGGCUGUCCCUGAUGGGCUGGCAGCGGGGAGGUGGACUAAGGCAAGCUUCUCGGAGGCGGGACACACCCAUCGCGGCAGGAGCAGCGGAGCCGCCGGGAUCGGUGCGGAGCCAAACCGGUACAUGGCGAGUCUGGAGCGAGAGCGCGAUCCAGGGCUACCCCCAGGCCUCGGCCUAGCGGACGGGGACACUCGGGAUCCAGAGCGGACCUUCGGGAUCCUGCGGCUUCAGGAGGAGCGGGGCCCGGCGGCAGAGGUCGGCUGGCAGGCCCCGGGCCCCGAGCUGGUCCGCAGAAGGUUAGAGACCUCCUCGGUAGCAGGUUCGGACGGUGACCCGCAACCCACAGGCAGUGGCAGCGGUAGCGUGUCAAGGGACCCAAUGACCAUUGAACGAGCAAACCUACUGAACAUGGCGAAUCUGAGUAUCAAAGGACUGAUUGAAUCGGCCUUGAGCUUCGGUCGGACUCUGGACUCGGAUUAUGCCCCACUACAGCAGUUCUUCAUUGUGAUGGAGCACUGCCUCAAACAUGGAUUGAAAGUGAAGAAGUCUUUCCUUGGUCAGAACAAGUCACUGUGGGGCCCCUUAGAACUCGUGGAGAAGUUAUGUCCUGAAGCUGUGGAGAUUGCAUCAAGUGUCCGGGACCUGCCUGGGUUAAAGACUCCUCUGGGACGAGCUCGUGCCUGGUUAAGGCUGGCCAUGAUGCAGAAGAAGCUGGCGGACUAUCUGCGGUGCAUGGUUUUCAGAAAAGAUGUGUUCAGUGAUUUUUAUGAGGAACACGCAGUGAUGAUGCAAGAGGAAGGAACAGUGAUCGUUGGACUUUUGGUUGGACUCAAUGUGAUUGAUGCUAAUCUCUGUGUCAAGGGAGAAGACCUAGAUUCCAUGGUUGGAGUCAUCGACUUCUCCUUGUACCUGAAAGGUGAUAAUGAGAACAGCCGGUGCUUUGAAAGCGAUGGACAGAUUGCUGCAAUCCUAGAUCAGAAGAACUACGUGGAAGAGCUCAAUCGGCAGCUGACUUCAACAGUUGGUAGCCUGCAGGGCAGAGUUGCAUCACUCGAGGUGGCAAAUUCUAAACUAAUUGAAGAGUUAGCAAUUGCCAAGAACAGUAUCAUUCGGCUGCAAGAAGAAAAUCUCCAGUUUCGCAAUGAAAAUGUUCAGAUGUUGAUAACAACACAAAAACAUCUAGAGCUGGAGAAAGAGAAUCUGUCUGAGGAACGGGAGACCUGCAAGGGUUGUCAUCGGAGCCUGGAUGAUGUGUAUAAUGAGGCUCACAGACAGCUGAGAGCAGAAUCACGUCUGCGUCAGGAUGUGGAGAGUGACCUGUCGGUGCAGAUCAACAUGAAGAAGGAGAUAGAGAUAGCGAUGAAGCUGUUGGAGAAAGACAUUCAUGAGAAGCAGGAUGCUCUGAUCAGCCUCCGGCACCAGCUGGACGAAGUGAAGGCCAUUAAUGUGGAGAUGUUUAAGAAACUCAGGGGUUCUGAAGAUGGUUUGAAGCAGAAAAGUGAACUGAUGAGUCAACUGGAAGAGAAGACUAACCAAGUCACUGCCGCAAUGAAGCGAAUGGAGCAAAGUGACAAAGAUUUAAUAGACCAAACACGAACUAUCAUAGUCACUUGUUUGAAGUGCAUUGGUAGACAGAGUAACAUGUAGAAUUGCUUUUGUAACCAGAUAACUAGCAGCAAGCUAAGAGAGUAACAUUAAAUUGUAUUCAGAAGAACUGUGUAAGAGCUUAAAUGUCUAAAAGGAUAGUGUAACCAGCCAACCAUUCCUUCAAAUACUCAAAUUUAUCUGUCCUACCUGUUUAUUCUUCCACUCACUCACUCUCUUGCUUCUUUCCUCUCUUCUUUCUGCCUCAGUUUCCCUAGCCUUUGACCUCAGCCUCCGUCCCCUCCCCCGCCCUCGCGCCUCCGUCCCCUCCCCCGCCCUCGCGCCUCUGUCCCCCCCAUCCCCCGCCUCAGUCCCCCUCGCCCCCCCGGACUGUGGUCCCUCGUUCCUCCCUGCUUUCCUGCCUCUGUUCUUUCUCUUCCCCUCGGUCUCUCAUGCCUCUUUUCUGUCUCUUCUUUCUGGCUACUCCAACUAUUGUCCUUGGAAACAGUGCUGUUUAAUUGUCUUUUCAGUACAGCAAAUGAGUUGGCACAUCACUGUUAGAAACCCAGUAAUAGUAAUGAAAUAGUGAUACAUUGUUAAAUCAGAACGAAGUGUGAGUUGUUUUGGAGUAUGGAAGCGUCUCUAUUUCCAUGUGCCUCCUGCCCUUUCCCUUCCAUUAAGCUGAAUUCACAGAUCUGGGAAAAUGUGGGAUAAAAUUUAUCAAGUUUCUGCAAGUUGUAUAUUGUACAAUCUUGACCUAUGGGCUCCUGGUGUUGGAAGAAAUGAACAUUUAUUUGGUUGGAGAGAUGAAGUGGACGAUGUUGGUGGGCCAGCACUUGUAGGAACUAUUUGGAAGUUGAGUAUAAUCUAUCAGUCCUGAUUUAUCAUCAUGAGAGAGCCAGCCUUUGAGCUGCUCUGAAUUUCUUAGUGCAGUUAAGGUUCUGAUCAAUGGUGGCACCAAAUCAGAGCUUUGGCAAAGAUAAUGCUGUUGAAUAUUGUGUUUGCAGGUUGUUGACGAUGGCGAUACCAUUGCCUGAGCUCUGUGUGGUGUGAAUGUUACUUGUCCAUGCCUGAAUGGAUUCUAGUUCAUGCUGAGGGCAGGCAUGCAUGUUGUGCUCUUUCAGGAGUUAAGAAUGCACUUGAAAUUGUGUAUUCAUCAGCAGGCACCACUGUUUCUGACCUCAGGAGAAGACGGGUCAAUCAUAAAGCAACUGAAGGAUGUUGGCUAUUGGAGCUGAAAUCUGUAUGUUUAUCCUCUGUGUGGUACCUUCUUAGCUAUCCACCCCUCUGCCCACUGUAUCCGCAUAUUCUCACUCCUUUCUCGCUUCCUCCUUCCCACUCUGUUCCCCUCCACGUAUCUCCAAUUUCGCCUGCCACACUCUCACUUUGACUCCAUUCCCACUCAUCCUCUUGCAUGCAUCCUGUUCCCCACAUCCACUCUUCCGGUGGUACACUAGAGGCGUAACGAAUUACUAUCAGUAACAAUGAAAAUGAAUAAGUAAAUGGUGCGAAAGAGGAACGGUGAGGUAGUGUUCAUGGACCAUCCAGAAACUUGAUGGCAGAGUGAAAGAAGCUGUUCGUAAAGCAUUAGUGUGGAUCUUCAGGCUCCUGUACCUCCUCCCUGAUGGUAGUAAAAAGAAGAGGGCAUGUCCUAGAUUGUGAAUGUCCUUAAUAAUGAAUACUGCAUUCUUGAGACAAAAGAUGUCCUCAAUGGUGGGGAGGCUUCUGCCCAUGAUGGAGCUGGUUGUGUCUACAAUCCUCUGAAGUGUCUUAAAAUACUGUGCUUUGGAGCCUUCAUACCACGUGGAGGAGGUGGGUCAGAAUCCUCGCCACUGAAAUUUGCAAGUAUAGUCACUUGUAUGCCUUCAUCACAAUUGCAUCAGUAUGUUGGGUUCGGGAUGGACGCUGUGAAAUGUUGAUAACCAGGAACGGAGCCACUCUCCCUUUCCAUUGCAGACCCUUUGAUGAGGAUUGGUGUGUUUCCCAAACUUCCCCAACAUGAAGUCCUCAAUCAGUUCCUUGGUCAUGCUGAUGUUGAGUGCAAGGUUGUCACUGCAACAGCAGAUCUCUUUCACUCUCCUACGCCUCCUUGUCACCUUCUCAGAUUCUGCCAAUCGCUGGUGGAGAGUGAGAGCAUUGACUAUAGAAUGUGGGAGAUGUAACGUGCAGAUCAGAUUAACAAGUCCAGUCGAUCAGUGCUGUACUCCCAGAGGGUGUAAAAAGAGAAAAUAAGCAUAGAUCGGUAGUUGAUUGAUGUAAUCAGAGAGAUAAAGUAACCUGAAGUUGUGGAACUUAGCAUUGAAUCCAGAAGGCUGCAGUGUGCCCAAAUGGAAACUGGGGACUGUUCCUGAAGCUUGCGUUGAUCAUCGGUAUAACAGUCGAGGAGGCUGCAGACUGAUGGGUCAGAGUGGGAUGGAGAAUUAAAGUGGCAGGCUCUGGGAAGCUGAGGGUUGCCCUCCUCACCACGUUCUCUCCACCUGUGUUUGGUUUCGUAUAGUAAGCACCAGAUGCAGUAUACCAGAUUGGAAGAAGUGAAAGGGCAGGAGUUACUUCACCUGAAUUUGCAAAGGGAAGUGCUGUCAGGAGUUGGAUGGUUGGCAGAAGUAGAAGAUGUAUAGAUAAGGCCCCACUGAAAGCCGAGAAGAGGGGAAGAUGGAUCUGCUGAUGUAAUUUCUAUGAAGCCGCUAAAAAUCUGUUGGAAGAUGGAGGUUAGUGAGGUGGAAUGUGAGGACCAGUAGAACCUCAUCCUCGUUCUGUCCCAGGGAAGCAGGGUUGAGGAUAAGAUGCAGUCGAGGGAUUUGUAAACAAGAAUAGAGAGAAAGCCAUCGUUUAAGAACAUGGCACCUGUAUCGGAAGUCUCAUCAUUGGAGCAAAUAUGACCAAGACUGAGGAACCUAGAGAAUGAAAAGUCAUUGCGGAAGGCAGAAUGGCUGAACAAGUCAUUCAGAUAGCUGUGGGAGUUGGUAGACUUGCAAUGAAUGUUAAUAGCUAGAUGGAGACAGAUGCCAGGAAAAGGAAGAGACAGGGACGGACUGUUUGAAGGUGAGAAUAGAGUAGAAAUUGGCAGCAAAAUUAAUAAUAUUAUCAAGUUCCACAUGAGCACAGGAAGCACCAUCAGUCAUUGAUGUAAUGGAAAUUAGGGAGUGGGCUUAAAUAAAAAAAUACUGUUCCACUAAUCCCACAGAAAGACAAGAAUAUCCCACACCUUUGAUCUGCAGAAAAUGAGUGGAGAGGGAAACGUUGUUCAUUGAGAACAGGUUCAGCCAGGUGAAAAUGGGGUUGAUGGAGGGGCAAUGAUUCAGCCCCUGCUCAAGGAAGUGGGAUGAAAUUACAGAAGUACUGUACACCCAAGGUAAAAGAUUAGGACCAAGGAUUUGGAAAGAAUCAAAGUGACAUCUGAGGUUUUUUUUCAUGCCAAACCAGACACAGACAUUGAUAUGCACAUGGACACAUACAGACAGACAGGUGCGCGCGCGCACACACACACACACACACACGCACACACACACACACUCUUCUGCUGUGCUUUUCAAAACUCGUGCAUUCUGUGUUUUCUCUCUCUCUCUAACUGCGUGCAUUUACUCAUUGAGCAGAUAAGUGUGUUUACAGCAUAUCCCCAUGGUCAUCGUCAUUUUACCUAUCAGACACACAUCCUCUUUACAUCCACCUCACAGCUGCUUUCGAACCGUCUCCUUGGCAGUUCUGAAGAAGACCUGAAGCAUCUGUUCCCAGAGAGGUGACCUGUACAGGAGGGAUGGGUUGUACUAGGACUGGAAGGAGCAAGGAGAUAUGCUCGUGUUACUCAAGGAGGCUUUAAGCUAGAUUGGUGCAGGAACAGGAUCCAAAGUGGCAGAGAGUCAGAUUGGAUGCUGAAAGUUGAGACAGAAUUCAAUAGGAAGCAGAAGUAGCUGAUCAGAAAGUGGAGGGGCUAGGGGAAAGUUGGGUAUCGUGACCACAAGUCUGUAAGGAAGGACUGGCGGGAGCAAAGUCAGAUACACAACAGGACCGAAGGUUGAAAUGUGUUAAUUUUAAUGCAAGCAGUACUAUGGGUAAGGGAGAUGAACUUAGAGCGUGGAUCGGUACAUGAAGCUAUGAUGUGUGGUCAUUACAGAAACUUGGUUGAGAGAGGCUUAGUUCUGGCAGCUUAUUGUUUCAGACGACAAACGGGAUAAAAAAGAGGUAAUAAAGGACAGUAUUAGAGCUAUAUUCAGGGGGCUUACCCUCUGAGUAUGUAUGGGUAGAACUCAAACAUAAGAAAGGUACAAUUAUUCUGAUGGGAUUGUAAUACAAACCACCCCCCCCGCCCCACCGAGGCUUCGGGACGUUGAGGACCCAAUAUGCACAUAGAUUAGGGAAAGGUAUAUAGAAACAACAGGGUAGUUGGAGUGGGUGACUUCAGCUUCCCUAAUAUAGACUAGAACCUCCUUCGUGCAAGAGAUUUAGAUGGGAUAGAAUUUGUUAGGUGCAUCCAGAAGUAUUUAUUAAAACAGAAUGUAGAUAGUUCGACUAGAGGAAGGGACAUACUGGACUUGCUGUUGGGGAAAUAGCCCGACUAGAUGACUGACUUGAUAGUGGGAGAACAUUUAGGAAACAGCAAUCUCAACUCUAAGUUUUAACAAUAAGGGCAAGAAUGGACCUAGCAGAAAGUAUUAAAUUCAUGGAGGGCAAAUUACGAGAGCAUUAGGCAGGAACUAGGGAGAGUUAUUGGGAAAAGCUGAUUUUGGGCAAGUCCACAUCUGACAGGUGGAGGGUGUUUGAAGACCAACCAUACAGAGUAAAGGACAGGUACGUUCCAGUUAGAAGGAAGGACAGCAAGGUAAGGGAAUCUUGGAUGUCAAGAAAGAAAAAGAAGCAUAUCGAAUGGGGUCAUUGAGGAUUAUAAAGAAGCCAGAAAAGAACUCAGGAAGGGAAUUGGGUGAGCCAGGAGGGCUGUGGAAAGUCGUUGCGAAGGACACAGUGUGGGAGAGAUUAGAGGCACAGCAGGCUCGCUGGAAUCUGUGCUAGGUUGGGGGCUGCCCCCCCCCCACCAAACCUGCUCUCCUGUCAGUGCUGUCUCCAGAAUUCCCUCCAAGGAAGAUGAGCUGGAUUGCCUUCGUCUACAGCUGUGGGAAAUGAGGGACUGCUGUGUGCUUGUUCUUGCAAAAACAUGGCUCCAGGACAACAUUCCAUGCGCCGUCAAUCUUCAGGCCAUGUCACUCAUCCUGUUUGCUGAGUGUGACUGUAGGUACUGUGGUUUGCACUUUGGCCCCAGAGCAAAGCUGUUUUGUUCAGAUGUACACGUGAGUUUAGCUGAGUGACAAUUAAACUUGAACUUAACUGUUCUCACAUAUAGAGGGAUCUUCAGUUCCUUGACAAUGACACAGAAGUUGUGUGGGAAAGAAGAAAAAUGGCAGUCUUGCCUAUACUAGUUGAGGCACUGAGUUCAAGAGUCAGGAAGUUAUGUCUGGCUAGGCUGCAUCUGGAGAAUUGCAUUCAGUUCAGAUCUCCCAACGUAGGGAGGAUGUGGAGGCUUUGGAGAGAGUUCAGACGAAGUUGCUGCCAGGAUUAGCAGGUGUGUACUUUAAAGAGAGAUUAGACGAACUAGGGUUGCCGUCUGUUAAGCUGUCAGGAGAUCCAAUAGUAGUUCAUAAAAUUAUAUGAGGCACAGAAAGCCUGUAUUUUUUCCCCUAGUUAAAAUGUCUGUUACUAGAGCGCAUGUGCGGAGGAAGUUUUGUUUUACUCUUAGUCCUAGAAUGUGCUAUCAGUGUGUUGGGUGUCUAGGGUGCACUGUCAGUAGUGGUGGAGGCAGACGUGACAGAGGCGUUCGAGGAUUUGAGAUCCUCUGUGCAAAGUUAUGCAGAGAAAGGAGAGAUAUGGACCAUAUUCAGACAGAAUGGAUUCGAUGUGGUUAUCUUAAUUACAACAGGAGGUAAAGGGGCCUGUUACAGUGCUGUACUGUUCUGUGCUCCAGGUGCAGCCUGACCCACCAAAUGCUUUUGAAGCAUUUUCUGUUUUUGUUCUGGUUCUGACAGGGAACUUUGUUCUUCCUUUCCACGUAUGUAUGUGUAGGUUGGAGUCAUUGUUAUAGUCACAUUGCCAUUACUUACAGGUUGGGGUGGUACGGUAGUGUAGUGGUUAGGACAGCACUUUACAGUACCAGUGACCCGGGUUCAAUUCCUAACACUGUCAGGAGUUUGUAUGCUGUCCCCGUGACCGUGUGGGUUUCCUCCGGGUGCUCUGGUUUCCUCCCACAGUCCAAAGACGUACUGCUUGGUAAACAUAGAAACAUAGAAAAUAGGUGCAGGAGUAGGCCAUUCGGCCCUUCGAGCCUGCACCGCCAUUCAGUAUGAUCAUGGCUGAUCAUCCAACUCAGAACCCUGUACCAGCCUUCCCUCCAUACCCGCUGAUCCCUUUAGCCACAAGGGCCAUAUCUAACUCCCUCUUAAAUAUAGCCAAUGAACUGGCCUCAACUGUUUCCUGUGGCAGAGAAUUCCACAGAUUCACCACCCUCUGUGUGAAGAAGUUUUUCCUAAUCUCGGUCCUAAAAGGCUUCCCCUUUAGCCUCAAACUGUGACCCCUCGUACUGGACUUCCCCAACAUCGGGAACAAUCUUCCUGCAUCUAGCCUGUCCAAUCCCUUUAGGAUUUUAUACGUUUCAAUCAGAUCCCCCCUCAAUCUUCUAAAUUCCAACGAGUAUAAGCCUAGUUCAUCCAGUCUUUCAUCAUAUGGAAGUCCUGCCAUCCCAGGAAUCAAUCUGGUGAACCUUCUUUGUACUCCCUCUAUGGCAAGGAUGUCUUUCCUCAGAUUAGGGGACCAAAACUGCACACAAUACUCCAGGUGUGGUCUCACCAAGGCCUUGUACAACUGCAGUAGUACCUCCCUGCUCCUGUAUUCGAAUCCUCUUGCUAUGAAUGCCGGCAUACCAUUCGCCUUUUUCACCGCCUGCUGUACCUGCAUGCCCACUUUCAAUGACUGGUGUAUAAUGACACCCAGGUCUCGUUGCACUUCCCCUUUUCCUAAUCGGCCACCAUUCAGAUAAUGAUCUGUUUUCCUGUUUUUGCCACCAAAGUGGGUAACCUCACAUUUAUCCACAUUAAAUUGCAUCUGCCAUGAAUUUGCCCACUAACCUAACCUAUCCAAGUCACCCUGCAUCCUCUUUACAACCUCCUCACAGCUAACACUGCCACCCAGCUUCGUGUCAUCCGCAAACUUGGAGAUGCUGCAUUUAAUUCCCUCAUCCAAGUCAUUAAUAUAUAUUGUUAGGUGGUCAUUGUAAAUUGUCCAGUAAUUAGGCUAUGGUUAAACCGGGGGUUGCUGGGUGGUAAAUUGAGCAACUUUCUUCGAACUGGACUCUCCCACCACUGUUACUGAAUCAAUAGCAUUGCUGAGUUGUGAAUAUUUAAAGAGAGUAGGGUUGCUUUUAAUUGCCAUUAAAUUAUGGAACCUUUAGUCCGAAUCUUUGUUGAAUUUGUUGCAUCAGAUUCAAAUACUUAAGUAGUUCAUAAAUGAAAACAGUAGGUAGCUGUUCUAUUAAUCAGUAAGUUUAUGACUAACCUGUUUGUACAACUGAUUCCCGUAUAAUCUAUUCCCUUAUAGUACUUGAUGCCUCUGCACCCGCUGCUCUCUGGCGAUGCAUUUGUAAAGGUUUACAGUCUUCCUUAUCAUACCAAUCCCUUUAUUACAAAACUACACUUCUUGUAGUCACCAGGGAUUCUGCAGAUGCUGGAAAUCUUGAGCAACACACACAAGCUGCUUGAAGAACUCAGCAGGUCAGGCAGCAUCUACGGAGGGGUAUAAACAGCCAAUGAUUCCGGACGAGACCCUUCAUCAGUCCUGUUGGCAUGGGUACCUCUGUAGUUCUAGGUUCUGCUGUCAGGAGGAGCAUUUUCAUAGCAUUUACUGAGUGAAUCAAAUACAGUCUGUGCUGUAUGACCCAAUGACUUUAUGAUCAACAUUCAUUCUUCAAAACUUCUGCCCAACCUUCUUGAUCUUUCACCCGAAAGCUUAAUUCAACCCAGGAAUCAAUCUGGUAAGGCUUCCCUGUGCUGCCUCUUAAUCAAAGCUCUGCUCAGUACUCUGGGAGUAGUUGUAUUAACAUACAAUUCAGUUUUUGCAGGACUUGCCAAUAUCUGUACUCUGUUUUGUAAUAAAAGCUAGUAUUAUAUUUACCUUCCUGACUGCUUUUGUUAUUUUCCUUCAUGUGUGAGUUGGAGCUAUCUGAACACCAACAUUUUCACACAAUGUGGAUGAUCUUUUCUGUUCUUUCCACUAAAGCUCACAUUAUUUUCCAUCUGCUAUCUUUUGCACACUGUCAAUAUCCCAGCAACAUCGCGUGUGCUCUUCACAACUUGCUUGUAUCAUCAGUAAGCUUAAAUGCAAUGCACUGUUAUUAAUAUAAAUAUAUAGGCAGACAAAAUUGAAAAGGGUGAAUACAGGUCUGAAGGGGUUGUAUUUGAAUGUGUGCAGUAUACAGAAUAAGGUCGAUGAACUUGUAGCACAGUUGCAGAUUGGCAGGUAUGAUGUUGUAGGCAAAACGGAAUCAUGGCUGAAAGAUUGUAGCUGGGAGCUUCAUGUCCAAGUGUACACAUUCUAUGGAAAGGACAGGCAGGGGGUGGCGUUGCUCUGUUGGCAAAAGAUCAAAUCAAAUCAUUAGAGAGCGGUGACGUAGGGUCAGAAAGUGUUGAAUAACUGUGGAUAGAGCUAAGGAACUGCAAGGAUAAAAAGACCCUGAUGGAGUUGUAUAGAGACCCCAAACAGUAGUAAGGAUGUGGUCUACAAAUUACAACGGAAGAUAGAAAAUGCAUGGCAAAAGGACAAUGUUACAAUAGUCAUGGAGGAUUUCAAUGUGCUGGUAGAUUGGAAAAAUCAGGUUGGUGCUGGAUUCCAACAGGGGGGAGUUUCUAGAGUGCCUAUGAGAUGGCAUUUUAGAGCAGCUCAUUGUUGAGCCCACAAGGGGAUCAGCUGUUCUGGAUUGGGUGUUGUGAAAUGAACCGGAAUUGAUUGGAGAACUUAAGGUGAAAGAACCCUUGGGAGAAAAUGAUCAUAAUAUGAUCAGAUUCAUCCUAAAAUUUGAGAAGGAGAAGCUGAAGUCAGAUGUAUCAAUAUUACAGUGAAGUAAAGGGAAUUACAGAGGCAUGAGAGAGGAGUUGGCCAGAAUUGAUUGGAAAAGAACACUGGCAAAGCAGCAAUGGCUGGAAUGUCUGGAAGCAAUUCAGAAGGCACAGGAUAUAUAUGCAUCCAAAAGAGGAAGAUGUAUUCUAAAGGCAAGAUGACACAACCAUGGCUGACAAGUCAGAGCCAACAUAAAAGCCAAACAGAGGGAAUAUAAUAGAGCAAAAAUUAGUGGGAAGUAGAGGACUGGGAAGUUUUAAAAUACCAACAGAAGGCAACUAAAAUCAUCAAUAAGAAGGUAAAGGUGGAAUAUGAAAGUAAACUAGCAAGUAAUAUUAACAAUGCCAAAAGUGUUCUUCAGGUACAUGAAGUGUAAAAGAGAGGCGAGAGUGGAUAUUGGACCGCUGAAAAAUGAUGCUGGAGAGGUAGUAAUGGGGGCCAAGGAAAUGCCAGAUGAACUGAUUAAGUAUUUUACAUCAGUCUUCACUGUGGAAGACAUUAGCAGUAUGGCGGAAGUUCCAGGUGUUAGCGGUCAUGAAGUGUGUGAAGCUACCAUUACUAGAGAGAAGGUUCUUGGGAAACUGAAAGGUCUGAAGGUAGAUAUGUCACCAGGACCAGGUUGUGUAUACCCUGGUGGCUGAAGAGAUUGUGAAUGCAUCAGUAAUGAUCUUUCAAGAAUCACUAGAUUCUGGGAUGGUUCCUGAAGAUUGGAAAAUUGCAAAUGUCACUCCGCUCUUCAAGAAGGAAAAGAAGUAGAAGAAAGGAAACUAUGGGCCAGUUAGUGUUUGACCUCAUGGUUCUGAAGAUAUUGGAGUCGAUUAUUAAGGAUGAGGUCCCAGGGUACUUGGAGGCACAUGAUAAAGUAGGCAGUAGUCAGCAUGGUUUCCUCAAAGGAAAAUCUUGCCUGACAAAUCUGUUGGAAUUCUUUGAAGAAACAACAAGCAGGAUAGACAAAGGAGAAUUAGUUGAUGUUGGCUGCUUAGAUUUUUAGAAGGUCUUUGACAAGUUGCUUUACAGCACCACAGACCUGGGUUCAGUUCAACCACUGUCUGUAAGGUAUUUGUACAUUCUCCCCAUGACUACAUGGGCUUCUGGGUGCUCCAGUUUCCUCCCACGUUGGAAAGAUGUAUGAGUUAGUCAGCUAAUUAAACGCACACAGUAGUGAGUAUGGCCUUGCCAUCUGCAACAUAAUGUCCCUGCUCCGAUACUCAGUGCCUUGACAUGAAGGCUUCUGUGCUCUCUGCUUCUUUCACAAUCACGUUUACCCGUAAAGUUGCUUUCUAUACACUUGUACUCUGAAAGUCCCUUUAUACCAUUGCACUCCCUAGUGCCCUACCAGUCUCUGUCUAAGUCCUACGCUGGUUUGACUUUCCAAAAAGCAUCACCUCACGCUAAUCUGCAUUGAAAUCUAUUUGCCGAUCCUCAACCCAUUUCCCUAACUGAUCAAAAUCCUUCAUAAUCUACAGUAACCUUCUUCACUAUCAACAACGCCCCUCUAAUUUUGCAUCAUCCGCUUGUUCUAACUUCUAACUUUCCCUCAAUCCCUCCAACUGCUAACCUGCUACUGCGGUUCCAAUCCCCUGUCGUGCUAGUUUAAACACUGAAACGGCAAUAGCAAAUCUCCCAGUGAGGAUAUUGGUCCUCCCCCAGUUAGGUGUGAUCUGUCCUCCUUGUACAGGUCCGACCUGCCCUGGAAGAGAGUCCAACAAGCCCUUCCCCCUGCACCAGCUUCUUAGCCACACAUCGAGUCUCCUAGCCUGUGGCAUGGGAAAUGAUCCUGAGAUUACAACUCUAACUGCCCUGCUUUCCUCCUAAGGCACAACAUAGAACUUGUUCUAACUUCCUAGGUUUCAUUGCAGAAUCUUACCCCUCUUUGUACCUACUGUAUAUUAUUGGUACCACAUGGGCCACAACCUGUGGCUGCCCACCCUGCCAUUUUGCAAUGUUCUCUGCCCGCUCAGAGAUAUCCUUGACCCGGCAACCUUGAGGGAACAUGCCAUCCUGGAGUCCAGCUCUUAGUCACAGAAACGUCUGUCUUUGGCCCUGACUAAAGUCACCUGUCGCUACUGCUUGCCUGGACUUAGCUCUGAACUUCUGUAAAACGGAGCCAGUCAUGUGCCACUGAACUGGUUGCUGCUGUAACUUUUUUCCUGAGUAACUAUCCACUACCCCCCCCUCGCAAAUAGUAUGCAAAGUGGUAUUGCUAUCUGACACUGCUAUUCAAUGCUAUUUCCCUGUUCACUUCAGCUAGCUCUCCUCUCACUUCAUUGUAAAUGACUGUAUUUGAUUUCAAGAUCCUACCUUUGGACUAAUGUUAAUUGCUCUCAAACUGAAUGAGAGGUUCUCCCAUGCUGUGAUCACUCUGUCAUAAAGCUUCCUUUGUAGUGAGCUCAAUAAUUACCUGUGGCAAAAUAGCCUGUGUAUUGUCGGAAGCUAACUUGAAUUCUUUUGAUGGAUCUGUUGUCAUGACUUCCUCUGUCAAUUUGAUAUGGCAAAUUUAGGAUUAAAAUUGCCUCUGGAAUUACAUUACCUUUGUUAUGAGCUUUAUUUUUUGUUUAUUCUUUCUAAUGGCUGGUAGAGAAAGGGGAGCUAAAAGCCGCUGUCUCUGCUGGAUUUAUUAUUUCAUAUCUCAAUUUUUUUUUAAAUUUCUAAGGCAAGAUCAUUUCUCAUUCUGAAAUGUUUCUAAUCACACUCUGUCUCCUUGUUGAGUGUCAGAGACGCAGAGUUUUAAUUUCCCAGCCAUGGUUAUACCAUUUAUCUCUAUAUUAUCGUUGGUUCCAAAUGAUCUGUGAAUUCAGAGGAAGAACCUUUAAUGCUGAUGCCAUCCACUUUUCCUUCCUUCGUCUCUUUGCUGACGUCAUUAUAUGCUCUAUCUCUUCUUGUUACACUCUGCAAUACAUGAACUGUACUGUUACAGUGGUUUUUAACAGAACAUUUCUUAACUUACCCAGUCCCUUUUUCCUCCUCUCUGACUUUGCCUUCUGCCCAGUCACACUGACGCAUUUUGUUUGGUAGUUGUUUGUUUUGCCAGGACGUUAGCCCCAGCUACAUCCAAGUAAAGGUCUUCCCAGUGAGUGUGGUCUUUCACUUUCCCAGUACUGGUGUGAGCGUCCCAUCAACUGAAACCUCUCACUCCCAAGUUUCUCUUAAAUGCAAGUUCAGUCUGAACCUUUAAUAAAAAUGCGGGCAAGUCUGGAGAAUUAUACUCCAUGUGCAGGCUGAUGGGCCUGGGCAGAAUAACAAUUGGGCAUGGACUGACGGGCCAAAGGACCUGUUUCUGUGCUGGACUCUCUGGCUCUUCUAUGCACGUCUUUGGGUCCUACAUUUCCCUUUGACCCCAUACCAGUUUGCAUACAUCUCGGGUAGAAACCUAGUUAGAAGUAUUUGGUUUUGCUUGCUGUUUUAGAUUCCAGCUCCUCAAAACCCUCAGCAGAAUGUUUUUUUUUUGGUUGCCUAUUUAUCUGCUUGAUAUUUGGUCUGCAACGACUGUAUUUUGCUUCCUGAGUUUUUCAUCUGAUUAAAUUUCCUUUUCCAGCACACAGCCUGUCUUUUAUUUCUCCACCAUCCCUUUCCCUGCAUCUUUGCAUCCAUUCCUCUUUCUUCCCUUCCUCCAGUUUAAUUUGCUGAUGUUUGUAUCCUGUUAUUUGCUUCUUUUUUUUUUGGUCUGUUUUCCACCCUGCAUCCCUGUCAAAGCCUAGGCUUUAUCCAGAGUUGAUUUAAC